AUGCCAGAUUACCUCAGAAAGGACGCCUUCGUUAACAUCGCUGAUGUUCCAUUUGAAGAUGACAAUGAAAUUGGGUUCAACCUUCUAUUUUUUUAUGACGCACUUGAUAAAGAUAAAUUUAGUGGACAUGAACAUGAGUGGGUGACAGUGUAUAAACAAAAGGUUAAAGUUCGUGUUAUAAGACCUGGUGAAAACUUAAUUUUUCAACUUGAAUGUGAUUUCUAUGAUAUUAAACUUGGAAAAAGGGGAUGGAGUUCAAUCAAAUCAAGAGCCGAAGACUACGGAGCACCUGCAGUUCUAAUUUGUGCGUCUAAAAUGUUUGAAGUAUCUAUCGGUAAUCAUAACAACUGGAUCAAGUGGGUCCAAGCAAAGAUUUUACUCUGGGAGGAAGAUCCUGGAUAUCAGGUUCAAUGUGCUCUUAUUGGUACUGAUGUCACUGACCAACUCGCGAGUCAAGUCAACCAAUGA